AUGAGGUUGCUGCCAUCCGCCGCGUGUAUCGGCCUGGCAUUCGCGCACACUGGCCAUGAUCAUCAGCGAGAAGAGCAGCAAUCAUUUGUAGGUUGGACCAAGGACGAUCUUGAUGCCAAAUGGGGCACAGACUGGGGCUACACUGGAAUCUCAACAUUCGCACAUCUUCCUUAUAUUCGAUGUCUACAGCAUCCGGAGGAAGAGUAUGACAUCGCUAUCCUGGGCCUCCCAUUUGACACUGCUGUAACGUACAGACCCGGCGCACGGUUUGGACCGCGAGCGAUCAGAGCAGCAGCAGCUCGACAGACUACGUUUCGUGGAUUUAAUCCCAGAGCUGGCCUCAAUCCGUAUCAAUCAUGGGCGAAGGUCAUCGAUUGCGGUGAUGUACCGGUCACCCCUUUCGAUAAUGCCCUGGCAUUGAGGCAGAUGAGUGAGGCUUACACCAAUCUCGCGUACAGCAAGGCGCCCAAGAGCAAUGCUGAGUCUCCGAUCAAGUAUCGGAAUACUCCAAAACUGAUUGCGCUUGGUGGUGAUCAUUCCAUUGCUCUACCUACGCUACGAGCACUCAACAAGAUAUAUGGCAACGUAGCAGUGGUUCAUUUCGAUGCUCAUCUGGAUACCUGGCAUCCAGCAAAGUAUCCAUCAGCGUGGUUCGACAAGGACGACGCAACACAGCAAUCGUUCUUCACACACGGCACUAUGUUCUGGUUGGCUCACAAUGAAUCACUUAUCAUGGAAGGCAAGUCUGUUCAUGCUGGACUUCGAACUCGCUUGACGAACAUCGAAGAUAACGAAGAGGACGAUGCUCAAGGGUGGAGUCGGAUCGCAUGCGAUGACAUUGACGAGAUUGGAAUUGCAGGAGUCGCGAAGAAGAUUGUCUCACAUGUUGGGACAGAGACUCCGGUCUAUCUAUCUAUCGACAUCGAUGUAAUUGAUCCUGGGCUUGCUCCGGGAACUGGUACACCGGAGCCAGGAGGAUGGACAACACGAGAAUUGAUUCAGGUGCUGAGGAGGAUCGAGAGCCUCAAUGUAGUAGGAGCAGAUGUUGUGGAGGUGUCCCCUGCUUAUGAUGGAACUGGGGAGGUGACGGCUCUAGCUGCAGCACAGAUUGCCUUUGAGGUGCUGACCAGCAUGGUCAAGCGUGGACUGCCAGCUGCAGAGGAGGGCCACAGCGAGCUGUAG